UAAACAAUUUUAAUAUAGUGAAUGAUUCUGUGCCAUAUUAAUAUUAGAAUAAAAUGUUAAAUUUUAAGUUAUAUUUUUCACUGUGCGUUUUUUAUAUUACUGCUAGUCAAAUACGUUGUGAUGAUCAGAAUGAUGGAGAAGUACCACUAGUUUUCACCGUCGCCAGCGAAAGAACUGAUGGGUUUUUGAGAUACGAGCGUUCGACACGGGAGUAUGGGAUACAACCAAAGGUACUGGGUUUUGACCAGCCAUGGCGCGGUGGGUCCAUGGAACUCCCUGGUGGAGGAUACAAAGUAAACCUUCUGAUUGAAGCAUUAGAACCAUUCAAGGAUGACGACAAUAAAAUUGCAAUAUUUACUGACAGUUAUGAUGUAAUGUUCCUGGCCCCUACGCAACAUAUCGUAGAUAAAUUUUUAUCUACCGGCGCCAGGAUAUUAUUUUCCGCAGAGCCUUUCUGUUGGCCUGAUGUUACCUUAGCCGAUAAAUAUCCAGAACCCGAAAAUGGCGGCAAAAAAUUUUUAAAUAGCGGAAUGUUUAUUGGUUACGUAUCAGAUCUUUACAAAUUACUGUCAUACGCUCCUAUUCAAGAUACUGACGACGAUCAAUUAUUUUAUACCAAAGCUUAUUUAAAUGAAGAGAUCCGCGCAAAUCUUAAAAUAAAAUUGGAUCAUAAAUCAGAAAUUUUCCAAAAUAUGAAUGGAGCGGCUGAAGAACUGAAACUAGAUUUUGAGUCCAGUGAAACCGGGAUUUCUAUGCUUAAUACGGAACAACGCACGCGCCCGUCCGUUGUUCAUGGAAAUGGUCCUAGUAAAAUAUUACUCAAUAAUUUUGGAAAUUAUCUUGCAAAUGCUUGGAAAGCGACUGAAUGCCCAUUAUGUCAUAGUGAUACCAUCCAACUUAAGGAAGGUCAAUUUCCCACUGUUGGCCUGAGUAUAUUCAUUGAAAAGCCCACUCCAUUUUUGGAAGAAUUUUUUGAUAACGUACUAACAUUGAACUAUCCCAAAGAAAAUAUUCAUGUAUUUAUUCAUAAUACUGUUCCAGAACAUGCUGAUAUUGUGAACAAAUUUUAUGAAGUUUAUGGUCCAGAAUAUAAAUCCCGAAAAUCGAUUAUUCAUUCAGAUAAUACUAUUGAAUUAGAAGCUCGAGAAUUAGCUCUGUGA